GCAUAUUUUACUAUGGCAACAUUCAUGUAGACGAAGUGAUGCGGGUUGUGUGUCGAACGAACGAUUUUUCUUAGAAAACUUGUGAAAAGUACUUGAAAAAUACCAUUUUAAAGUAUUAGUGCAUCAUUCAUAUUGCUGAUAAUAAGACAUAACUGCCAUGGAGCAGAUACCACCGCCAAAGGAGGUGAAAAUCCUCGAGACUGCUGAAGAUAUUCAGGAGCGACGUGAACAGGUGCUAAACCGCUAUGAAGAUUUCAAGCAAGAGGCGCGCGCCAAACGCGAGAAACUCGAGGACUCGCGUCGCUUCCAGUACUUCAAGCGUGAUGCCGACGAGCUGGAGUCCUGGAUCCAGGAGAAGCUCCAGGCGGCCAGCGAUGAGAGCUACAAAGAUCCUACCAAUCUGCAGGCCAAGAUCCAAAAACACCAAGCUUUUGAAGCAGAAGUUGCAGCGCACUCCAACGCUAUCGUAGUCCUUGACAACACCGGCAGCGAAAUGAUCUCAGCCGGCCACUUCGCCUCCGAGACCAUCCGGAAGCGACUGGAUGAACUUCACAGACUGUGGGAGCUGCUGCUGUCCAGACUCGCUGAGAAGGGCAUGAAGUUGCAGCAGGCGUUAGUGCUUGUGCAGUUCCUGCGCCACUGUGACGAAGUUAUGUUCUGGAUUCAUGAUAAGGAAACAUUUGUUUGUGCGGACGAGUUUGGCUCUGACUUGGAACAUGUGGAAGUGCUCCAGCGCAAGUUUGAUGAGUUUCAAAAGGACAUGGCGGCGCAAGAGUACCGCGUUACUGAGGUCAACCAGCUGGCUGAGAGAUUGGUGCUUGAAGGACAUCCGGAAAGAGAGACCAUUGUUAAGAGGAAGGAUGAGCUGAACGAGGCGUGGCAACGCCUGCGGCAGAUGGCGCUCAUGCGUCAAGAGCGUCUGUUCGGCGCGCACGAAAUCCAGCGCUUCAACCGCGACGCGGACGAGACCAUCGCCUGGAUCUCCGAGAAGGAUGUUGUUCUCGGAUCGGACGACUACGGACGGGAUCUGGCCACUGUGCAGACCUUACAGCGUAAACACGAAGGCGUAGAGCGGGACCUGGCUGCUCUGGAGGACAAAGUAGCCACAUUGGACGGCGAGGCGGCUCGCCUGGCCGCCAUACACGCGGAUCACGCCCCCGCCAUACACUCCAAGCGCGAUGAGAUCACGACAGCUUGGCAACGACUGGUCCAGAAGGCACAGGAACGGCGCACGGAGCUGGAGUCUUCGUACGCUUUACACCGCUUCCUGGCCGACUACCGCGACCUGAUCUCGUGGAUGAGCGACAUCCGCGCGCUCAUCGCGGCAGACGACCUCGCCAAGGACGUGCCCGGAGCUGAGGCUUUACUGGAGAGACAUCAGGAGCACAAGGGUGAAAUGGACGCCCGUGAGGACGUAAUGAACGCGUGCGUGGCCAGCGGUCAAGCGUUGGUGGAAGGCGGUCACCGCGGCUCGGCAGAGGUUGAAGCGGCGCUGGACACGCUGCACCGCGACCGCGCAGCGUUGCACUCGCUGUGGGAGCAGCGACGAGUGCUGUAUCUGCAGUGCAUGGACCUGCAGCUUUUCUACCGCGACACUGAGCAGGCAGAUGCUUGGAUGCACAAGCAAGAGGCUUUCCUUGCCAAUGAGGAUGUAGGGGACUCUCUCGACUCUGUAGAAGCGUUACUGAAGAAGCAUGAAGACUUUGAGAAGUCCCUCGCAGCUCAAGAAGAAAAGAUCAAGGCUUUGGACGAGUUCGCUACCAAACUUAUCGAAGGACAACACUAUGCUGCCGAUGAUGUGGCACAGCGCAGAGAGAUGCUGCUCGAGAGGCGCGCGGCUCUGCUGGAGAAGUCGAGUCAACGCCGCGCUCUUUUAGAGGACGCCUACAAGUACCAGCAGUUCGAACGCGACUGUGACGAAACUAAAGGUUGGAUCAACGAAAAACUCAAGUUCGCGACUGACGACUCGUACUUGGACCCAACGAACCUGAACGGCAAAGUGCAGAAGCACGGCAACUUCGAGCAGGAACUACAAGCCAACAAGCCGCGCGUGGACGAUAUCAACGCUCUGGGCUCCAAGCUGCUUGAACAGGAACAUUUCGCGAAACCUCAAAUCGAGGCUCGCGUAGAAGAACUGGGUUCUCUCUGGGAGAGACUUGUGCAAGCUUCAGAACUGAAAGGCAGCAAGUUGCAAGAGGCGGCCGCGCAACAGCAAUUUAAUCGCGCUUCCGAAGAUAUCGAACUUUGGCUGUCCGAGGUCGAGGGACAACUGCUCAGCGAGGACUAUGGCAAGGACUUGACUAGCGUCCAGAACCUUCAAAAGAAACACGCUUUACUGGAAGCGGACGUCAGCUCGCACGCUGAACGAAUCGACGCGUUGCGCGAACAAGCCGAGCAAUUCAUCGAGCGCGGACAUUUCGACGCUGACAACAUCAAGGCUAAGAGAGAUGCCCUGGUCGCUCGCUAUGCAGCACUGGACAAGCCAAUGGCAAUCCGCAAACGCCGUCUUCUGGACUCGCUACAAGCGCAGCAACUUUUCCGCGAUCUGGACGACGAAGCUGCCUGGAUCCGUGAGAAGGAACCCAUUAUCGCUUCCACUAACAGAGGUCGCGAUCUGAUCGGUGUGCAAAACCUGAUGAAGAAGCACCAGGCAGUAAUGGGUGAGAUGGCCCAACACGAAGCCAGAGUAGAGGCGGUCCGAGCGGCCGGCACUGCCCUGAAGGACGCGGGCCACUUCGCCGCAGCCGAUAUCGCUGCUCGCUUGCAUGCCUUACAUUCUACGUGGACGCAGCUGCAAGAGAAAGCUUUGCAGCGCAAACAAGAUUUAGAAGACUCUUUACAAGCACAACAAUACUUCGCUGACGCAAAUGAGGCCGAGUCUUGGAUGCGUGAAAAGGAACCUAUGGCCAAUACCCAAGACUAUGGCAAGGAUGAAGACUCUUCUGAGGCCUUAUUGAAGAAGCAUGAGGCCUUACUUUCUGAUCUGGAGGCCUUCGGUAACACCAUUAAGGCCUUGAGGGAACAGGCUGACUCUUGCCGCCAACAAGAGUCGCCGGUGGUGGACGUGUCGGGCAAAGAGUGUGUGGUUGCACUAUACGACUACGCCGAAAAGUCCCCGCGCGAAGUGUCCAUGAAACGCGGUGAUGUGCUUACUCUGCUCAACUCUAACAACAAGGAUUGGUGGAAGGUGGAAGUAAACGACAGGCAGGGCUUUGUGCCGGCCGCGUAUGUGAAGAAGAUCGACGCUGGCCUGUCUUCCUCACAGCAAAACCUUGCGGAUUCCAGCUCGAUUGCAGCUAGACAGAACCAGAUUGAAGCUCAAUACGACAACUUGCUGGGAUUGGCUCGUGAACGCCAGAACAAACUCAACGAAACCGUCAAGGCGUACGUUCUUGUUAGAGAAGCGGCUGAGCUUGCGACAUGGAUCAAAGACAAGGAGAUGCACGCCCAAGUACAGGAUGUGGGCGAAGACCUGGAGCAGGUGGAGGUGAUGCAGAAGAAGUUCGACGACUUCCAGAACGACCUGCGCGCCAACGAAGUGCGCCUCGCCGAGAUGAACGAGAUUGCCGUCCAGCUCAUGACCGUGGGCCAAACCGAAGCCGCGCUCAAGAUCAAGACACAGAUGCAGGAACUGAACUCCAAAUGGACUUCGCUGCAACAACUAACAUCUGAAAGAGCUGCCCAACUGGGUUCCGCUCACGAGGUGCAGAGGUUCCACCGUGACGUGGACGAAACCAAGGACUGGAUCGCUGAGAAGGAAGCUGCUCUUGCUACUGAUGACCUUGGACGCGACCUUCGCUCCGUGCAGACUCUGCAACGAAAGCACGAAGGUCUAGAACGCGACUUGGCAGCACUAGGCGAUAAAAUCCGACAACUCGACGAUACAGCGAACCGACUGAUGGCCACUCACGGGGACUCGGCUGAUGCCACUUACAGUAAGCAGCGCGAGAUCAACGAAGCCUGGCAACAGCUGCAGGCGCGCGCCAACGCUCGCAAGGAGAAACUUCUGGACUCCUAUGACCUGCAAAGAUUCUUAUCGGACUACCGCGAUCUGAUGGCCUGGAUCAACUCAAUGAUGGCUCUCGUGAGCUCGGAGGAACUCGCCAACGACGUCACCGGCGCCGAGGCUCUUCUCGAACGACACCAGAGCCAGCGCUUGGAGAUAGACGCGCGGUACGGCAUUCUGCCGCAGGAACACCGUACGGAGAUGGAUGCGCGCGCAGGCACAUUCCAAGCAUUAGAACUGUUUGGACAGCAGUUAUUGCAGGGAGGACAUUACGCAAGCCUCGACAUACAGGACAAGCUCAACGCCAUGGCUGACGCACGCCAAGACCUCGAGAAGGCGUGGGUAGCGCGGCGUAUGAAGCUGGACCAGAAUCUGGAACUACAGUUGUUCUACCGCGACUGCGAGCAGGCUGAGGCGUGGAUGGGCGCCCGAGAGGCCUUCCUCGCGCCCGCCGUCGACACGCCCGAUGCGGCCGACAACGUCGAACAGCUCAUCAAGAAGCACGAGGACUUUGACAAGGCCAUCAACGCGCAUGAAGAAAAGAUCGCGCAGCUACAAACUUUGGCAGAUCAAUUGAUCGCGUCGGACCACUACGCGGCGGAUCCUAUCGACAAGAAACGCAAACAAGUGCUCGACCGCUGGCGACAUCUCAAGGAGGCGCUCAUCGAGAAACGAUCCAGAUUGGGCGACGAACAAACCCUGCAGCAAUUCUCGCGCGACGCCGACGAAAUGGAGAACUGGAUCGCCGAGAAGUUGCAGCUCGCUACCGAAGAGAGCUACAAGGACCCGGCCAACAUCCAAUCCAAGCACCAAAAGCACCAAGCGUUCGAGGCCGAGCUCGCCGCGAACACAGAACGCAUACAGUCAGUACUGGCCAUGGGAGGAAACCUCGUACAGCGCGGCCAGUGCAGCGGCAGCGAAGACGCCGUACAGGCCCGCCUGGCAUCGAUCGCCGAUCAGUGGGAGUUCCUCACGCAGAAGACCACUGAGAAAUCCCUGAAGUUGAAGGAGGCCAACAAACAACGCACAUACAUCGCCGCUGUCAAGGAUCUCGAUUUCUGGCUUGGAGAGGUUGAAAGCCUCCUCACUUCGGAAGAUUCUGGAAAAGAUUUGGCCUCAGUGCAGAAUCUUAUGAAGAAGCAUCAACUUGUUGAAGCUGAUAUUCAGGCUCAUGAAGACAGGAUCAAUGACAUGAACGCUCAAGCGGAUGCCCUGGUAUCGUCGGGUCAGUUCGACAGCGCGGGCAUCGGCGCACGUCGUUCCGCCAUCAAUGAGCGGUUCGAGCGAGUUCGCAACCUGGCGGCGCACAGGCGCGCCCGGCUUCACGAAGCUAACACCCUCCAUCAGUUCUUCAGGGAUAUCGCUGAUGAGGAGUCUUGGAUCAAGGAAAAGAAACUCCUAGUAGCAUCAGACGACUACGGGCGUGACUUGACCGGCGUGCAGAACUUGCUAAAGAAGCACAAGCGCUUGGAAGCCGAGUUGGCGAGUCACGAACCCGCGGUACAAGCCGUGCAAGAAGCUGGCGAAAAGUUGAAGGAUGUGAGCAACGUGGGCGUGGCCGAGAUCGAGCAACGCCUCCGUGCUUUAGCACAGGCGUGGGAAGCGCUACAAGCGCUGGCAGCGGAGCGAGGAGCUAAGUUGCAGCAGUCUUUGGCUUACCAGCAGUUCCUUGCUAAGCUUGAUGAGGAGGAGGCUUGGAUUAGUGAGAAACAGCAACUGGUAGUAGUCAGCGAGUGUGGCGACAGCAUGGCCGCAGUACAAGGGCUACUGAAGAAGCACGAGGCUCUGGAAGCCGAGUUGGCGGCCCGCGGCGAAAGGGUUCGCGAUCUAACUGCCGAGGGCGAGCGCUUGCUGGCCGCCGGCAACUUGCAUUCCGAGGCGCUUGCGCACCGCUUGCACGGACUACAGGCAAAACUUGAGAAGCUAACAUCUUUGGCUGCUCGUCGCAAGGCCGCUCUGGUGGACAACUCGGCGUACCUGCAACUGCUAUGGAAGGCCGAUGUGGUAGAAUCCUGGAUCGCCGACAAGGAGACCCAUGUUCGUUCCGACGAGUUCGGCCGCGAUCUGUCCACCGUACAGACGCUUCUCACCAAGCAGGAUACUUUCGAUGCUGGUCUGGCAGCAUUCGAACACGAGGGUAUCCAGAACAUAACAGCACUCAAAGAGCAGCUAGUGGCUGCGGGGCACGAACAGAGUGCCGCCAUUUCUCGGCGUCACGGUGACGUCAUCGCACGCUGGCAGCGCCUACUGGCCGAUUCGGCCGCGCGCAAACAGCGCCUGCUGCAGCUGCAAGACCAGUUCCGCCAGAUCGAGGAGCUGUACCUAACCUUUGCCAAGAAGGCGUCUGCAUUCAACUCGUGGUUCGAAAACGCUGAAGAGGACCUCACGGACCCCGUGCGGUGCAACUCCAUCGAAGAGAUCAGGGCGUUGAGAGAUGCACACGCACAAUUCCAGGCAUCGCUAUCGUCAGCACAAAGCGACUUCGAAGCUCUGGCGGCUCUGGACGCGCAGAUCAAGUCGUUUAACGUGGGUGCCAACCCUUACACCUGGUUCACCAUGGAAGCCCUCGAGGAGACCUGGCGCAACCUACGCAAGAUCAUAGCGGAGCGCGACGUGGAGCUAACAAAGGAGGCUCAGCGACAAGAGGAGAACGACAAACUGCGCAAGGAGUUUGCCAAACACGCCAACGCCUUCCACCAGUGGCUCACCGAGACGCGGUACCGGCUGCUAGGCUGGGACGGCACAUCCAUGAUGGAGGGAACCGGGUCUCUGGAAGCUCAGCUGGCCACGCUCCGCCAACGGGCCACCGAGGUGCGCGCGCGCCGCUCCGACCUUCGUCGUCUGGAGGAACUAGGCGCUGCACUGGAGGAGCACUUGAUCCUGGACAACCGCUACACGGAGCACAGCACCGUGGGCCUGGCCCAGCAGUGGGACCAGCUCGACCAGCUCUCCAUGCGCAUGCAGCAUAACCUGGAGCAGCAGAUCCAGGCCAGGAACCACUCCGGCGUAAGCGAGGACGCGCUGAAGGAGUUCUCGAUGAUGUUCAAGCACUUUGACAAGGAUCGCUCAGGACGCCUCAACCACCACGAGUUCAAGUCGUGUCUGCGCGCGCUCGGGUACGACCUGCCCAUGGUCGAGGAGGGACAACCCGACCCCGAGUUCGAGGCUAUACUCAACGUGGUCGACCCGAACCGCGACGGUCAAGUGUCUCUGCAAGAGUACAUGGCGUUCAUGAUCAGCAAGGAGACGGAGAACGUGCACUCGUCCGAGGAGAUCGAAAAUGCGUUCCGAGCCAUUACUGCUCACCAAGACCGCGCCUAUGUCACCAAGGACGAACUAUACGCAAACCUCACGAAGGAGAUGGCGGACUAUUGCGUGGCGCGCAUGAAGCCCUACGUGGAGCCCAAGUCGGAGCGCGCCAUCCCCAACGCGCUCGACUACAUAGACUUCACGCGCACGCUCUUCCAGAACUAAUGCCCCGCUCGCGUCCUGCCGCCGCGCAGUUGUACCUUUAUAUUAUAAAUUAUUAAAUCAAGCUUCAACAACAAUACUGUUUUUAAUUUGUUGUGACUACACCUGGGGGAAAAUUAAGUCAAUACAUCGGUUUGCUCUUAUGUUGUAAUUUAUUAAAUCGAGCUGAACGCGUUUAACAGUGUUUGUCUUGUUUUGAUUACUCAACCUAGGUGCUAACUUCGUAGCGUAAUUGCUUUCAGAAUCAGAAAUAAAGUCGGUUAAGAAUCCAAAAUGCCACUUCUGAUAACAAAGAGAAAAUACAACGCGGUUGAAGUAAAACUUCUUUGAUGUACCAGAUUUACUACUCAUCUUCUAAUUUUGAUGUACCUACCGUUUUCCCCCUAUUUCCAUAUACAACUGAUAUUGCAAUUGAGUUGCGCAAUCACGCUCUCAUGUUAGAUACUGCGCGGUUGGCUAUUGCAUUUAGGAUAAAGCUUUUGAUACUUUGAAUCAAAUUCCAUUUUUCAUGACUGAUAUUAUUGUGUAUCUUAUCUUCUGAUUAUUGCAUUUCUUCACAAAUCCCUUAGCUGUGCGUUAGUUUAGAUGAACGUGUGUUACGCCUCAAAUAAUAAGGAGUAAUCGUUCAUAUUUUACACUAAUGUAAACUAUGUUACCAUUGGGUAAACUGUGCAGUGUGGGUGAAUUCCUUUUCUCUGACUAGCAGAGGGAUACGAAGCUCCCAGAAACGGAUUGCUAAUAAAAACUCAGAUGUUUCUAGCAAAUUUCUAGAAUUUAAUAUUAAUCAAUGGUUACGAUAAUUACAUUUCAGUACAUAACUAUAUUAGCUUUACAAUUUACCGAUGUGUUAUAUGCUUACACUAAGAUUUUUAUUUAUUUUUUGUAUUACUCAAUAAACAUUUUAAUAAAUAUAUUUAUCACUAA